CGCGGGUAAAGGGGCCGCCACGAGCGCGGUCGGAGCGUUCAGCGGACGCGCGCGGCCUCGCUCUUUGGACUCGUCACCCGCCCCUCCCCCUCUCGCCGCCGUCACCCAGGAAACCGGCAGCAAUCGCCGGCCGACCUGAAGCUGUUUUCAUGGCAGCCUCAAAGAAGGCAGUUUUAGGGCCAUUGGUGGGGGCGGUGGACCAGGGCACCAGUUCGACGCGCUUUUUGGUUUUCAAUUCAAAAACAGCUGAACUACUUAGUCAUCAUCAAGUGGAAAUAAAACAAGAGUUCCCAAGAGAAGGAUGGGUGGAACAGGACCCUAAAGAAAUUCUACACUCUGUCUAUGAGUGUAUAGAGAAAACAUGUGAGAAACUUGGACAGCUCAAUAUUGAUAUUUCCAACAUAAAAGCUAUUGGUGUCAGCAACCAGAGGGAAACCACUGUAGUCUGGGACAAGAUAACUGGAGAGCCUCUCUACAAUGCUGUGGUGUGGCUUGAUCUAAGAACCCAGUCUACCGUUGAGAGUCUUAGUAAAAGAAUUCCAGGAAAUAAUAACUUUGUCAAGUCCAAGACCGGCCUUCCACUUAGCACUUACUUCAGUGCAGUGAAACUUCGUUGGCUCCUUGACAAUGUGAGAAAAGUUCAAAAGGCCGUUGAAGAAAAACGAGCUCUUUUUGGGACUAUUGAUUCAUGGCUUAUUUGGAGUUUGACAGGAGGAGUCAAUGGAGGUGUCCACUGUACAGAUGUAACAAAUGCAAGUAGGACUAUGCUUUUCAACAUUCAUUCUUUGGAAUGGGAUAAACAGCUCUGCGAAUUUUUUGGAAUUCCAAUGGAAAUUCUUCCAAAUGUCCGGAGUUCUUCUGAGAUCUAUGGCCUAAUGAAAAUCUCUCAUAGCCUGAAAGCUGGGGCCUUGGAAGGUGUGCCAAUAUCUGGGUGUUUAGGGGACCAGUCUGCUGCAUUGGUGGGACAAAUGUGCUUCCAGAUUGGACAAGCCAAAAAUACGUAUGGAACAGGAUGUUUCUUACUAUGUAAUACAGGCCAUAAGUGUGUAUUUUCUGAUCAUGGCCUUCUUACCACAGUGGCUUACAAACUUGGCAGAGACAAACCAGUAUAUUAUGCUUUGGAAGGUUCUGUAGCUAUAGCUGGUGCUGUUAUUCGCUGGCUAAGAGACAAUCUUGGAAUUAUAAAGACCUCAGAAGAAAUUGAAAAGCUUGCUAAAGAAGUAGGUACUUCUUAUGGCUGCUACUUCGUCCCAGCAUUUUCGGGGUUAUAUGCACCUUAUUGGGAGCCCAGCGCAAGAGGGAUAAUCUGUGGACUCACUCAGUUCACCAAUAAAUGCCAUAUUGCUUUUGCUGCAUUAGAAGCUGUUUGUUUCCAAACUCGAGAGAUUUUGGAUGCCAUGAAUCGAGACUGUGGAAUUCCACUCAGUCAUUUGCAGGUAGAUGGAGGAAUGACCAGCAACAAAAUUCUUAUGCAGCUACAAGCAGACAUUCUGUAUAUUCCAGUAGUGAAGCCCUCGAUGCCUGAAACCACUGCACUAGGUGCUGCUAUGGCGGCAGGGGCUGCAGAAGGAGUCGGCGUAUGGAGUCUCGAACCCGAGGAUUUGUCUGCCGUCACAAUGGAGCGGUUUGAACCUCAGAUUAAUGCUGAGGAAAGUGAAAUUCGUUAUUCUACAUGGAAGAAAGCUGUGAUGAAGUCAAUGGGUUGGGUUACAACUCAAUCUCCAGAAAGUGGUGACCCUAGUAUCUUCUGUAGUCUGCCCUUGGGCUUUUUUAUAGUGAGUAGCAUGGUAAUGUUAAUCGGAGCAAGGUACAUCUCAGGUAUUCCAUAAAACUUACCAACUCAUGGAGUCCCAAGAUGUGAGCUUUUUACGUAAUGAAAGAACCCAGCAAUUCUGUCUCUUAAUGCGAUGACACUAUUCAUAGACUUUGAUUUUAUUUAUAAGCCACUUGCCGCAUGACCCUCCAGGUAGACCUGUGGCUUAAAACAAAGAAAAUGCAGCAAAAAGAAUGCUAUAGAAAUAUUUGGUGGUUUUUUUUUUUUUUUUUUUUUUUUUAACAUCCACAGUUAAGGUUGGACCAGCUACCUUUGGGGCUGACCCCCUCCAUUGCCAUAACAUCCUGCUGCAUUGCCUCUAAGAUGUAGGAAGAAUUUGGAUCCUCACCAUUGGAAUCUUCCAUCAAACAUAUUCAAACACUAUUGGACCAGGAUUUGAGUCUCUGCAUGACAUAUACUUGAUUAAAAGGUUAUUACUAACCUGUUAAAAAUGAGCAGCUCUUUGAUUUUAACAGACACCCCAAAAGUCUUCUUUUCUACAUCGCAGAAGACGGCAACACCUUCACUGAAUGUUUGAAUAGAAACUUCUACUAAAUUAUUAAAAUAGACAUUUAGUGUUGUCACAGCUUGGAUAUUUUUCUGAAAAGUAUUUGCCAAAACUGAAAUCCUUCAGAUAUUUUCCUUUGUCCCACUAGUUAUGAUGACUUUCUGUCUGGAUCUUACAGGAAAGGAUACUUUCUUUUUUCUUCCAUCUUUCCUUUUUAUAUUUUUUACUUUGUCAUACCUGCCUAUAUAUUUUAUACACUGAGGGUAGCCCAUUUAUAAAUUAAGAGCACAUUAAAUUCAGAAGGUUCUAACAGGGCUGGUCUUAAGUGAACCACUAUGUAUAUAAAUAUGUUGGAAAACAGCUGUAUACAUUUUUGGGCAACGGUUAUGCAUAAUAUUUACCAGGAGAAUUUUUUUCUUAAAGAGCCAACAUUUAAAAUUUAUGUUUUAUGUCAAUAAAAGAAAAUAUACUUUAUUGUGACUUCAACUAUAUUUCUUAUCCCUUACAUUUUUAUUUAAUUGUCUUAGCUUAAAAAAAUAAGAAACUGUGGAAUACUACAGUAAAUAUUGUUUUCAAACACAAGCAAUAAUUCAAAUAGUUAUUUUUCUUUUGAAUUAAUUUUAGACAUAUUUGGGAUCCUAUUGAGGGGAUAAGAGGAUGUCAAAAAAAGUUAAAUACCUAAGUAGAAAAAAAUAUAGAAAUAAAGCCAAUAAUCUCUUUCAGUUCAAACGUUAGCAAUUGUUAAUAAGAAAUUGCUAUCUGGGAUGACGGAAUUAUCUCUGCUUAGUAUCUUAUUGUAACUGAAAAAAGGUUUAUCAUUACAAAUGCCUUCCAAUGAAACCAAGAAUUUCUCAAAAUAUUUAAUGUCACAUAAGAAGUUACCUAAUCUAGCUUCUUAAUGUCAAUUUUUAAAAAAUCUUAAAAUUAUUUAGUUUUGUAGUAAACAGUGAAGAAAAGAUUGCCUCCUAAUUAUUUUUUUCAAUUAGUGCUGAAUGGGAAAACAUUUAUAUCUUACUAUAAAAGGUUCUGUUUUGUUUGGAAUUGAUGGUAGCUUUAUUUACUGUUCUGAUUGUACUGUUUCUAAAUUAUUGAAUCUGCUAGGUUUCAUUGAUGCAGCCACCACUUAAGUGACAUAAAUAUUAUAGAGAGGUACUGUGAAAUGAUCACUUUGUGGCAGGGGUACUUUUAAACAAUGUUUCUACAAAAGUAGGUUGAGUUCAUUGUAAAUAAUUGUGAAAACCACUGUUCAAAUAAUUUUAAGAUUACAUUAAUUUUUCUAUAAAUUGUAGAUUUAUAAAUGUUUGAAAUUGUACACAUUGAUAUUUAAUGACAAAUUUACUUAAAAUAAAUUGACCCCUCGUUCUUA